CAGCACCCACGUGUCAGUUUAACGUUUGCGCAAACUGUAAAAAUUCCUCAGUGAGAUUCUUUCUCUCCGUGUCGGGUUCCCCUUAUAAAUCUUGCACUCCUUGUCUUUCUUUUCCCCCAACCUUCACUUCUCUCUUCUCUCUAAUAAGUAAACUAGUCGUAACCUCCAACAAAGAGCUUACAAGCAUCAUUUACAGCAACAACCCGAAAGAACUCUCAGUUGGAUCGAUCAGCAUUCGGGAGAAAAAAAUGAAAGGAGGUUUGCUUGUGGACGAUGAAUUUAUUCACGGGGAAGAGACGAACCUGACUGUUCGGAAAACUUCCCUCUUUUUCUCCGGAGAUGGUUUCACUGUUUACGACUGUAAGGGCUCUUUGGUCUUUCGCGUGGACUCUUACGGUGGUCCCAACAACCGCGACACCGACGAGGUUGUCCUCAUGGACGCUCACGGUCGCUGUCUCCUCACCCUCCGACGAAAGAGGCCGAGUUUGCGACGGAGAUGGGAGGGGUAUCUCGGGGAGAGAACAGACGGUCAGAAACCAAUCUUCGGGGUGAGGAGAUCCUCGAUAAUCGGGAGGAACAGCGUGACGGUGGAGGUUUACGCGGAGUACGAGUGCAGCGAGUACCUCAUCGAAGGAAAUUUCGGGCAGAGGAGCUGCACGGUGGUGGAGGCGGAGACGAGGCGGAAGGUGGCGGAGAUACGGCGAAAAGUGGAUGCCUCAACGAACGUGAUGCUCGGGAAAGACGUAUUCUCGUUGAACGUGAAGGCCGGGUUUGAUGGAGCCUUCGCGAUGGGAUUGGUCCUUGUGCUUGAUCAGAUCUACGGUGACGAUUACGUUGAGGUUGGUGAGGAACAGGUGCACCCUUCCGCAGUAGAUCUUUGAUUUCUUCGUCCCUCCCUUCCGUGUGGAAAUAUUAAUAAUUCUGUUUAUUUUCAAGAAAGAAAGAAAGUAAGGUGUUAACUUUUAACACAGAGAUUAGUUGUAGAUAAUGGGGAAAAAUAAAUUUUCCUUUUGUUGGUGAGUUAGGCAAAAAGAUAAGAGUUGUGUAUCUCUAAACGAGUUCAAAAUUCACAUUUAUUAGUCAAACAAAAUAUGAAAAGCUAUUACCUCA